GGGCAGCGGCGGGCGGCGGCCGGAUCGGGCCACGGCCCUUCCUCGCCAUGGGGGACGUGCUGUCCACGCACCUGGACGACGCCCGGCGCCAGCACAUCGCAGAGAAAACCGGGAAGAUCCUGACGGAGUUCCUGCGUUUUUAUGAGGACCAGUAUGGCGUCGCCCUCUUCAAUAGCAUGCGCCACGAGAUCGAGGGCACCGGGUCGCCGCAGGCCCAGCUGCUCUGGCGCAAGGUGCCGCUGGAUGAGCGCAUCAUCUUCUCGGGGAACCUCUUCCAGUACCAGGAGGACAACAAGAAGUGGAGGAACCGCUUCAGCCUCGUGCCCCACAACUACGGGCUAGUGCUCUACGAGAACAAAGUGGCCUAUGAGCGGCAGGUCCCACCCCGAGCCAUCAUCAACAGUGCAGGCUACAAAAUCCUCACCUCCAUGGAUCAGUACCUGGAGCUGGUUGGCAACUCCUUACCAGGGACCACGUCGAAAUCAGGCACCGCCCCCAUCCUCAAGUGCCCCACGCAGUUCCCGCUCAUCCUCUGGCAUCCCUCUGCGCGUCACUACUACUUCUGCCUGAUGACGGAAGCAGAGCAGGACAAGUGGCAGGCUGUCCUGCAGGACUGCAUCCGGCACUGCAACAAUGGGAUCCCCGAGGACUCCAAGGUGGAGGGCCCUGCAUUCACGGACGCCAUCCGCAUGUACCGCCAGUCGAAGGAGCUGUACGGCACCUGGGAGAUGCUGUGUGGGAAUGAGGUGCAGAUCCUGACAAACCUGGUGAUGGAGGAGCUGGGCCCUGAGCUGAAGGCAGAGCUCGCCCCACGGCUGAAGGGGAAACCGCAGGAGCGACAGCGGCAGUGGAUCCAGAUCUCGGACGCCGUGUACCGCAUGGUGUACGAGCAGGCCAAGGCACGCUUUGAGGCCGUGCUGUCCAAGCUGCAGCUGGCCCGGCCGGCCAUGGAGGCCGUCAUCCGCACCGACAUGGACCAGAUCAUCACCUCCAAGGAGCACCUGGCCAGCAAGAUCCGAGCCUUCAUCCUCCCCAAGGCGGAGGUGUGUGUCCGGAACCACGUGCAGCCCUACAUCCCGUCCAUCCUGGAGGCCCUGAUGGUGCCCACCAGCCAGGGCUUCACCGAGGUGCGGGACAUCUUCUUCAAGGAGGUCACCGACAUGAACCUGAAUGUCAUCAACGAGGGCGGCAUCGACAAGCUGGGCGAGUACAUGGAGAAGCUGUCCCAGCUGGCGUACCACCCCCUCAAGAUGCAGAGCUGCUACGAGAAGAUGGAGCCGCUGCGGCUCGAUGGGCUGCAGCAGCGUUUCGACGUCUCCAGCACGUCUGUGUUCAAGCAGCGAGCCCAGAUCCACAUGCGUGAGCAAAUGGACAACGCUGUGUACACCUUCGAGACCCUCCUGCACCAGGAGCUGGGGAAGGGGCCCACCAAGGAGGAGCUGUGCAAGUCCAUCCAGCGGAUCCUGGAGCGGGUGCUGAAGAAAUACGACUAUGACAGCAGCACCGUGCGGAAGCGCUUCUUUCGGGAGGCCCUGCUGCAGAUCACCAUCCCGUUCCUGCUCAGGAAGCUGGCCCCCACCUGCAAGUCGGAGCUGCCCCGGUUCCAGGAGCUGAUCUUUGAGGACUUUGCCAGGUUCAUCCUGGUGGAGAACACGUACGAGGAGGUGGUGCUGCAGACGGUCAUGAAGGACAUCCUGCAGGCCGUGAAGGAGGCCGCUGUGCAGAGGAAGCACAACCUGUACCGGGACAGCGUGGUCAUGCACAACAGCGACCCCAACCUGCACCUCCUGGCCGAGGGCGCGCCCAUCGACUGGGGGGAGGAGUACGGUGGCAGCGGUGGGGACGGUGGCAGCCCCAGCGUCCCGGAGGUAGCCACUCUCUCAGAGAAGCGACGGCGCGGCAAGCAGGUGGUGUCUGUGGUCCAGGACGAGGAGGCAGGGCUGCCCUUCGAGGCUGGCCCUGAGCCAUCACCUGCGUCCCCGGACAGUGUCACUGAGCUCCGUGGCCUGCUGGCCCAGGAUGUGCGGGCCGAGAGCCCCCCGCCGGCCGGCCCCCUGCUCAAUGGGGCCCCCAUGCUAGAGAGCCCCCAGCCGGAGAGCCCCCAGCCCGUGGCAGCCCCUGAGGCCUCCUCGCCACCCGCCUCGCCGCUCCGGCAGCUCCCACCUGGAAAGGCUGUGGACCUCGAGCCUCCCAAGCCCAGCGACCAGGAGACCGGGGAACAGGUGUCCAGCCCUGGGGGCCGCCCCCCCAUCCACACCACCACUGAGGACAGUGCAGGGGUGCAGACUGAGUUCUAGGCUGUUCACCCCCGAGUCUCUGUUGGACAUGGCACAGGGCCCCUGCCUACGGGGCACUGCAGGCUCUGCUCUGGGCAGGGAGCACCAGACCUGUGCCUUCUAGUGGAGGCGGGCAGGGCUGGUACGGCACCUCCAGGGCUGGGCAGCGAGGGGCCCACCUCAGUCACUUUACUGGGCUCCGUCACACUUUGUUGCUCCGUUUACUCUUCUGUGGGAUGAUCUCGGCUUUCCUCCUGGUGCUGGGGGCUGGGCACAGCUGAGGGGCUGGGGAACGUCUGCUAGCCCCUGGGUCCCUGGGUCUUCUCUUCCUGCCCUUCCUCUGUGGCCUCUUUCCCUUGUGGGUCUUGCCAUCCUUGGAAAGAGGGAGGUAAAGGCAUUGUUUGCUGUGACUCAGAGCCCGUGCAUCCUCCCCUCGCCCCAAGGGGCUCAUUGGAACUGGGAAGAGGGAGCGCUGAGGCCCACCUCUGAGCCCGCUCCCUCCCCGCCCCUCCGGGCUGGGCCCCAGAGGGCACUUUCUUUCAGAGAGGGCACUGGCCUCGCCUUCCUUGCCCCAGGUGACGGGAGGUUCGAGGAGGGGUCUUCAUGCUGGGGGUGCCUCACAGGGGGGAUAGGGCUAUCGGUCUGGGGGUGCAAUGAGAAAGGCCCGGAAUGUGCUGGUCUGGGGAGAGGAAGUGUCCCGAGGGAGGAGGAGUAGGUGUCAUUGGGAGUGUCUGCGAGGCAGGUGAUGGCAGAGGGAGGGUACUGGAAGCCCGAGCAGGCCUUUGCCUCCCCCGACCCCUCCAGCCUCAGCCACUUGCUGGGAUCCAGUCUCUGGGGGUCCUUCCGUCCCCUUGUCCCCCCUUUUGUGCUCUCACUCUGGGCUGGGCUGGGCUGGGGGGAGGGUGGCACGUUGCUCAGAGGCGGGGUUUAGUGGGUGUGGGCUCUGUCUUCUGCGGGCCACCUCCAAGGUACGCGCUGUCCACUGACGGAGCUGGUGGGCUCCAGAGGGGCGGAGGCUCCUCGGGGCACUGCUGGUGGCCACUCUGAUUUGGAGCCGGGCUGUGGCUUGGCCCCUGCUUCCUCUGAGUCACCAAAUCGCCUCUCUCUGAAAACUCCAGGCCCCUUUUCAAAUGUCCUCCUUCCUCAGCCUCCUGCUCCUGGGGGUGAGGGUCAAGCCGAGGCAGCCCCAGCCUGGCAACUGCCGUCCCCAGGGGCUGGGACCUCCGGGCCUUGCCAGGCUCCCUCCCCUGCUCCUUUGAGGGGAGGGUAGGCAGGGUAGAACCCGACUCCAGGGUCCUCACGGUGGGGUCCCCCAGCCCUGCCUCCUCCGUCCCCUUGAUCCACUUCCCGGGGCCAGGGCCUUGGACCCACAGGACGUGUGCUGGUGGCUGGAGCUCAGGGACUCCCCAGUCCCCCCAGCCCUAAUCUCAAAACGCCUCACCUCUUCUACCAACACAUUCCGUCUUAAGAUGCUCUCUUCUAGUGCCUUCUUUUGGGGUUUUUCAAUCAUCCUUUCCAGAUAACGUAUUGAAAAUAUUAUGCAAACUGUUUAAGCUUCUACUAAUCAAUAAAUGCUUUAUUUAAAGCCAGUGGCCUGUGUGUGGUGCGGGCAGCGGGAGG